CCCUUCCCCUCCGUCAUGGCAUCCCACCCUCCAUCUGGCCAUAUCCUUUGGGCAAAGCAGCCUCUUGGCCCCGGGAGAGGUCACGGGGGCCUUGCUGACGGAGGCACUCUCCCCUCCCUGCAGGUGGGGCGGCCCAGCAACAUUGGGCAGGCGCAGCCCAUCAUCGACCAGCUGGCGGAGGAGGCCCGGGCCUUCAACCGCAUCUACGUGGCCUCCGUCCACCAGGACCUCUCGGACGACGACAUCAAGAGCGUCUUCGAGGCCUUUGGGAAGAUCAAGUCCUGCACGCUGGCCAGGGACCCCACGACGGGGAAGCACAAGGGCUACGGCUUCAUCGAGUACGAGAAGGCACAGUCCUCCCAGGACGCCGUCUCCUCCAUGAACCUCUUUGACCUGGGCGGCCAGUACCUGCGGGUGGGCAAAGCGGUGACACCCCCCAUGCCGCUCCUGACCCCCGCCACCCCCGGGGGCCUCCCCCCAGCCGCAGCAGUGGCCGCUGCAGCCGCCACUGCCAAGAUCACUGCUCAGGAAGCGGUGGCCGGUGUGACGGGUGCCGCAGUCCUGAGCACGCUGACCACUCCGGGGCUGGUGACGCCGGCCCUGACCUUGGCACAGCCCCUGGGGGCCUUGCCACAGGCUGUGAUGGCCGCCCAGGCGCCAGGAGUCAUCACAGGUGAGCCCACGAGCAAAGGCUGCUGGGAAUGUGGGGCGGUGGCGGGGAGUGUCCUAAGCCCUCCCCUUCCAGCCCAGUCUGUGCCUCCAGCUGGGCCUUCAGUGGAUCCUCAUGCAGAAGCACUGGGUGAUGAUGCCUUUGCCCCAGGAUCUGAGACACCUUCCCUUUGUGCAUUUGCACCACCCCCUGUUGCAAAGAGGGAAUAGGCUGCUCAUCCCUUUCUUGCUUCUAGAAUUCUUUACUUGCCCACCCGUUCUCCCCCAGCCUCUCGUUCAACUUUCACUCUGGAGCUUCACACAGAGGCCUUCUCAUACCGAGGCUUCCUCACACUGUGAGGACUUCUCACAGACUGAGACCUUUCUCCCACUGAGCUUUACCUCAGAGUGAUGGCUACUAAGCUACAGACACACCU